GGAGGAUUGCACAGGAGUGAAAAUCGUAGUAUGUCACGGAAACUCACGAUUACCAAUAAUGCGAUCGGUGUCGGAGAGUGGCUACAACGUUUGUAGUUUUAACCCCUGCCACGAGAUCUAUGCCGGUCUCGUAGGGUGACGAUGACUUACAAUUCGGCGGUUGAAAUUUACGUUGGAUCCCCGCCAGGCACGACAAAUAAGUCUGCUGAUGCGUUCGAAAUAUUCUAUUCAGCGUCCGUGAUAUAGUGGUUAGAGGUCAGCGAUAGGUUGCCCACCUUCACAUCGUGACGCCAGAAGGUACCACUUAUCUCUAUUUGUUCCCGCUGGAAGAAGACCCGGGUCCACACCACUGCGAGGGCAGCGUGUACUGCUUGCAGCUCUGACUGAAUCAUACGCUCGUACCGCAGCAGAGAAACAGACCACAAUAGGAAGGCGGAGCGUACAGCUGCAGUGAGUAGGUGACACAGGCGUACAAGUGCGCCGCCCCACCGCCGGAGCACGUGUGUUUCUAAUUCCGUGAUUUAAUUUGACCGGCAGGCUUCAUUUAGAUGAGACAGAAAUCUUGAUAACGCUGAGUGGUGAUCGAUUCAUUCCCUGGCUGGCAACAAAUCAGGACGGAUGGGCCUUGCUUGUUCCUGUCUUUCGCGAAUCUUGAUGUAUCACGCAGUAUAAUGCCCCCCAAGGCCUCGCCCUGUCCACCGACUCGAAGCGCUACUUCCUAUCUACCACUGUGAGAACGAGGAGGUGAAAUGGCUCCAUUUUGGGCUGCAGCUGGCGUUACUGUUCUGGAACUCGCCAUGGUGCUGAAAGUGAUAGCGAACGUCCCCUCCUAUCGGAACUUCCCUCAGUCCACCGCCGUCCGGGUGGGAAGGAGCGUGACCUUGAACUGUGCUUUUGAUGGCCUCUCUCCGAAUGACGUCGUCAACUGGCACUGGUACAACCCCGAAACGGAGGCCAAACUCCACCACAUCUCCUCAGGCAGUAACGUGGCUCCGGAGUUCCCGCGCUUCUCGGUGGUGGGGAACAGUCAGAGCGGGGAGUUCAACCUCCUCGUGCGGACCGCCCGGCCGGAAGACGAGGGGAACUACCGCUGUAGCGUCUUCUCUGUCAGGGAAACCAAAGACGCCAAGCUAACAGUCGUUGUUCCCCCACCGAAAGCACCGACCAUCUUUGGUGACAGGACACCCCGUACGGUAGGGCAGGGACUGGCCCUGACCUGUACCUCUGAAGGCGGGCGUCCUCUGCCGCAGCUUCAAUGGUUCAACGGCACGCGACUCCACGUCAUUCCGGCCACACAACAAAGUACAGAGGACCAAAAAGUUUCCCUGGACCUGGUCAUACCGUUCCUCACUAGAUGGGACAACGGCGCUAGGCUGACGUGCUCAGCAGACCAAGGCUUCCCCGGAGUCAUCUCGCCACAAAACACAUCUACCCGAAUUAAAGUGCUGUACCCCCCAGUUGUCAGGGUUCCAAAGAUGUCCUUCAGCGUUUCCGAAGGAGGAGCUGCAAACCUGUCAUGUUCAAUAGACAGCAACCCACCGUCUAAAGUCAUCUGGAGGAAAAUCUCGGGAAGCUUGCCAACUUACAGCGAAACUAGGGGUGCCAGUUUAGUCAUAACAAACGUUUCCAGUUCCGACGAAGGGAUUUACCAGUGCACUGCAAGAAACGACGUCCAACCGGACGGCUUGGGAACAGUAACACUGGACGUCAUUUAUGCACCGUUGAUUAAGCCCACGUUUGAAAAGGAGAUCAGCGUAAUGCACGGAAAAGAUCUUUAUUCAUUAAACUGUCAAGCAGAGGGAAACCCAGCUCCUCAUGUGAGGUGGAGGAGAAAGGACGUCAAAAUCUACUUUAACAACCCCCUGACGUUCUCCAAGGUUGGGUAUCUGGAGGAGGGAUUUUAUGAAUGCGUCGCCUCGAGUCGUGGAUUUCCAGAAGUGACUCGGGAAACGUAUCUGAACGUUAUAGGCAGACCCGACGUUCUGAGUGAGUCGUCCACAGUCGCCGUGACAGGCGGAGACACGGUGAGACUGUCCUGCACCAUCGCCUCGGACCCUCCUCCUGAAGACAUCAGUUGGGUGUACAGAGGUCCCACGGGGGAGGAGAGGAGGUAUCGCGGCGGCAGGAUGGACGAUGUGGAGGUCAAGACCAUGGUGGAGGACAGGAUACGGACAGAGUUAACUAUAGCGUCCGCCACUAACGCCAACGUUGGGGAUUACCUUUGUAAAGCACAAAACAUGUUCGGGUCGGAUCAGCAGGAGUUUAGGGUAGAGGUUACAGCAUCCCAGAUGGUGGUAGUGGCCGUUAUAGCGGGGUCUGCAACCAUCGGCAUGUUAUUGGCAAUCCUCACGGCGAUCUGUAUCGGUCUGCGGAAAGGGUGGAUAGGACGGGACAAGAAAGGAAGGGAACACAGUGAGGCCAGGCAAGACAUAGACAAUGGCGUCAGGCAUAAAGACGAAAAAGAGAGGACUGUGAUAGAGCUACAGCAAAUCAAGAACAAAGCGCCGAGGCCCCGCCCUCCCCCCAAAGUGGACAGGGACGUUAACCCAUAUUCCAUAGGACUGACUUACUCCCACCUGUCGGAGCCGGCACCUGCGUAUUCAACAGUCGAUACGGCGAGAAUACGACGUCAAGAUGAUGCGUACACGUACAGUCCACGUCGGAGUCCGUAUCGGGACCAUGUAGAGGAGCUAAGAGGCGCCGUUCCGAAAUCGAGCAAAUACUAUAAUCCACCGGAACCCAUUUGGAGGAUGCCGGAAGAAACCUGAAGUACGCUGAUUUCAGACCAACCAUUCAUCAAGCCAUAGAGAGACGACAGACAGCUUCUCGAGGACAACUGACCAAGGUCUUGCUCUUGCAACCUGGCUUUACACUUCAGAGACCACGGCGAGAGGAAUGUAACGCCGUACCGCUGAUGUAUGGUUCUUAUCUCAACACUGGAGACCCGCUGCACCAAAGACUACUUCAUCCGCCCGUUGUGGAAUAGACAGACGAUUUGGUUGGACGGGAACUACCGUCACUCAAUGAUACGUUUGUUUUUUGACCUCUUACGCAUAGACCUGGUUGUCAUGAAUAAGCGGAAAGAAGUGGUUCUCAACCGGAAGCUUUUAAUCGAAGUGACAUUUCAUAUUUCAUUUUCGUUACUUCUAUGAGCUAAGUAAAACUUGUUAUCCAAUUUGCAGUAUUUUUCCGUAGGUGGACAGCACCGAUAAACAGAGA